AUGGUCCUUUUCGCUUUGGAGGGACUACGGUCUAGAGAUCUUUGGCAGACGAGCAAACCGCCCAAGCGUCUUCUUAAGGUUUCUGGCACUCGGAUACGGUUGAUCGACAGCAGCGAAUAUAAAGUUCUCAGCUAUAUCACUUUGAGCCACUGCUGGGGGGCAGGAGAGCAAGGUAAAACGCCAUUGACGACAUCCCGUGACACUUAUCGACAUCGAUGCCAGGAUAUCCCUUGGACAGAGCUUCCUCGGACAUUCCAGGACGCGAUCACUCUCACCAGGCUUAUCGGGUGCGAGUUUAUUUGGAUAGACUCACUCUGCAUCGUUCAAGACGAUGAUGAUGACUGGAAGGAGCAAUCAUACCAAAUGGCAGACAUCUACUCACACGGUUAUUUAAACCUAGCAGCUACCGCUGCUACAGACAGCUCGUACGGCUGCUUCUUUGCCAGAAGGCACCCAAGCGAACCUAACGGAUCCACCAACAUCGAACGUUCACUGUCUCCGCGGACGCUCCAUUUCUGCGCCUCCGAACUAGUGUGGGAAUGCAGAGCAAGCGUGUUCUGCGAAUGCGGCGGCUACAACGGCGCAAUACCGGCCGUCAAGCAACGGUUCAGCAACGUUUUGCACCAGGGCUGCUCCCAGCAAGCUGCGCUGGACUUCUGGCUGUCGACUGUCCAAUCAUACAGCAAUUUGCGGCUUACCAAGGCGACAGACUGGCCGUUUGCCUUGGCUGGCAUUGCGUCAAGGCUUCAGAAUACGAUUGGUGGCCUUUACUUUGCUGGGAUUUGGGCUACCGAUCUCCCUAGAGCCCUGGCUUGGGAGCUGGCUGCAUCGAAUACGCUGUAA